AUGACACCCAAACCCGGAACGACAAUUGGGGAUCACACAAAGAGUUGUUCCGUGCGGGAAUCGAACUCGCGACACGUUAUACGGCAGCCAGUUGCCAAGACACCGCACCAACCAAACCGACGGCAUUUUCUGUCCCUUACGACAACGUUUUGUAUGUUUAUGUCACCACCAUCAUCAGCCUAUAAGUGCCCACUGCUGAGCAAAGGCCUCUUCUCAUACGGAGAAGACGUGCAGGAGAAGGCAAGCGAACUCAGCUCGCUUGCAGGGGAUGGUGAGAGCCAAAGUGGCUCUCGGGCUUGUAGGGAAGCGCUGGUCCCGUCCAGCAAGUCCCGGGCACGGGCCUCGGAGAGGAAGGAGUCGGAUUCGGAGUCCGACUCGUCAUUCUCUGGCGUCAGCAUGGCGCUACGCCAGAAAAAAGACCGUGGCGUAUUUAAACGUCCCAGGCUGGAGGAUGGCCGAGAGGCGUCCUCCAACGAGCCGGAGGCCCCGGCCCCCAAAAUCCCCACGGCUGCGCGGGUCAUAGAUCCAGGGGUGGUAAAGACAGGGGCCUAUAAGUACGAGGAUGGUACUCGCUAUGUUGGUGAGUGGAAUUCUAAGGGCCAGAAGCAUGGUAUGGGACAUCUGGUACUACCUGACGGUACCAGAUAUGACGGAGCCCUGAUUGGGGGUCUCUAUUCCGGACUUGGAGUGAUGGCGUUCCCCGAUGGAGCUAAAUACGAAGGUGAAUUCAUGCAGGGUUGGUUCCAUGGUCAUGGUGUGUUCUGGAGAGCUGAUGGCAUGAAGUUUGAAGGGGAGUUUCGAGGAGGAAGAGUUUGGGGUUUGGACACCACUGAUAUACGGUGA